AUGCACGCGGGCAUGACGGAGCAAUUGUCCGCGUGGGCCUCCCAGGCGGCCUGCCUCCUGCGGCCGUCGCCCGUCCUGCCUCACGGAGAGUACGACCUGGCCGGCGGCGUGCGCACCGCCCUGGCGGCCUUCCUGUGCCUCACCGUGGCGCGGGUGGCCUUCAAUCUGAUUAUGAUGGGCAGGUCGGGCCCCUCGGAGCCCUGCGAGGACGCCACCCCGCAGGAGUGGCGCCUGGAGGAGGUCUGGCAGGCGUGCGGGGCGAUCUGCCUGUGGGCACUGGCGGCGUGGGCGGAGGCGACGGGGGAUUCGCCGUGCUCUGCGCUCGACGCUGGGCCGUGCGCGGCGGGCUGGCCGAAUGUCGGCGUCUCCGCGCGGGGCGCGUUCGUGCUCGAGGCGCAGAUGGGCUGGUACGCGCACAAGCUGGUGGCGCCGUGGAUCAACCUGGCGCUGUUCCCGUCAAUAGAUUCGGCCCUGCACGGCAUGGCCGCAUUUUCAGGCAGUGCCCUGGCCUACCGGUAUGACGGCAUCGGGAUCGCGGUAGCGGCGACUACCGCGUUUGCCGCGCCGCCGCUGCUCGGCGCCACGAGAUUGAUCCGCCCGAUGGGGCGGGCGAGAGGCCCGGUAGCGCUGAUUGGUUGCGUGGUUUUCGCGGGGAUUGCCGUGCUGGCGCCGAUUGGGGUGAUGAAGGGCGUGGUGGUGGAUGGGCUGGGGGCUGCGAGGGAGGCGGGGGGCGCCUGGGGGGUGUAUUGCGGCGGCGUGGCGCUGUUGGCUGUGCUGUACGGACUGCAGUGCUGGUGGCUGCUGGGCGCCCUGAGACGCCUGCGGCAGACGGAGGAGGCCGGCGAGGAGGGCGCGGUGCAGGACGGGCGUGGAGACGAAGCGAAAAAAGAGCAGUAG